AUGGAAAUAAUGGAAAACAAAUCCCAUAGUGUAGUCUCACUCAAAAUAAAUGCUAAGCUUCAUGAUGGAGUGUGUCAGCACUGCAAAGGUAUCUUGGAGUGGCGGGUAAAAUUCAGCAAGUAUAAACUACUAUCAAAACCUAAAAAAUGUGUGAAGUGCCUCCAGAAGACUGUAAAAGAUCCUUACCAUAUUAUUUGUCGACCAUGUGCUGGCAAACUAAAAAUUUGUGCUAAAUGUGGAAAAGAAGAAGAAAUAGUAAUUCCGAUUGAUAAAGGGCAAGACAAGACUGAGAGUGCGACUACUAAAAAUGGCCAAGAGAGCAGUGGAUUGGAGGAUGAGCUGGAUUUUGAUACAAACUUCAGUAGUGCAGACAGUGAUGAAGAUUCUGCUGUGCUUGAAGAACAAUUUAAAAAUAUGAAUUUUGAAAGGACAGAGAUCUAA